CAAAGGUAAUGAUAAUGGAGUCCUGGUGAGUGAACGGUAAAAUGUUUCAUUUCUGUACAUCAGCAGCUCAAGUUGAAAGCAUAUUGUAGUACAAAGCUAAAGCCUGAUGGAAAGCUGGGCAAUGGGAAAAGUACAAAUUCUUUGAGAGUAACUAUUUUUAUACAAGGAGAACACAAUGGUUCAUCGUGUUUUGACAUUAAAGCAAAAUCUAGGAAAAUGGAAAGUCUAAAAACAAUCGUGUUGUAUAUUGCUCUCUGUGGAUCCUUUUCUGCAGUUACUUCAUUUUCCCUGAACAACUGCACCAUAACUAAUUCCCGAUAUGACAUCAACCUGAAAGUACUUUGCUACAAAAUGGGCUUUUUCAGUGUUCCUCCACAGAUACCCAGCAACACACAGAUAUUAGAUGUUUCCUUUAAUGCCUUUGCACAAAUCAAAAUCGGAGACUAUCAGAAUUUGCUAAACCUGAGAGAUCUGAAUGUAUCCAACAAUAAGAUUGUGUGGAUCCAAGAGGGUGCGUUUGAUUGUCUCUCCAAUUUAACCAAUCUCAAUCUGGGCAACAACAAAUUGAAAGGGGUCUCAAGCGGUAUGCUACGCAGUCUAACCAAUCUGCUGGUAUUACGUCUUGAUGGUAAUAACAUUGAAGAAAUUGAUGAGUCCGCUUUCAGCACCCUUCAACAUUUAAAGGUGUUGAACCUCACAAACAACCACCUCCGUUACAUAGGAAGAGUCAAGCCUGUUCUUGCAUCUCCAGCUUUAGAGGAACUCUACAUUGGAGGCAACCAUUUUGAUGUUUUUAACUCAACUGAAAUGUCAACAAAGCCCUUGUCAUUGAAAAAGCUUGAUUUUUCCAACAACCCUUUGGGAACGUUUCAUCUCACCGACAAUAUAUUUCCUACUCUGAACCAUUUUGAUUUGUCUUUUUGUGGACAAAAUGGAACCAUGACUUGGAAUGUUACAGAACAGACAUAUUUCACCUCAGUAAAAACAUUAUACUUCAUGGAUGUUCACAUAUCACACCAGAGUGUUGCUAUCGUGCUUCAGAGCUUCAAGAAGUUUUUGUAUAAAAUCAGGCUUAAUAGAAAUGUCAAGCUUGUUAACAAGACAGAGCUGCUGUUGAACACAUGUUCUCCUGCACUGAGAGUUGUUAGACUGAAUGCUAAUAAAAUAACAGACCUCUCUGACCGUAUAUUUGAACCCUGUUCAAACCUGACAGAAUUGGAUUUAGGAGAAAAUAAUAUAUUCCAGUUGUCACCAGGCACAUUCAGCAGAUUUAGGCAACUACAAAUACUGCGUCUGCAAAUCAAUAAACUAACUAAUGUUACUAACUCCUUUCAGAUGCUUACCACUCUUGAAUUCAUAGACCUUAGUAGAAACAGCAUCAAGCUAAACUGUGGUGAUUUCGGCAAUUUGACACAGUUGAAAAUUCUGUACUUGUACGAUAACAAAAUCUCACAUAUUAGUCCCUGUCUGUUCAAAGACCUUAAGAGACUUGAAGUCCUGAAACUUGGGACAAAUGAUCUAUUAAUGAUUGGUGAUGCUUUCAAAAAUGGGCCCCAUUCCCUGAAGGACUUGCAGCUGAGUUUUAAUAAGUUAAGCAAAAUUGGAAAAGGCAGUUUCAGCAAUGUAUCCCAACUCAACAAUCUGGAGAUACAAGAUAAUCAGAUUUCAGAGAUUGAAGCCAAUGCAUUCAGUGGACUGGAGAAGCUGACCUCUCUGUCACUGUCAUCAAACAAGAUAACAGCUAGAACAUUCAGACACCCAAAUGUGUUCUCAGGGAUGCCCAAUCUUGAGAGUCUAGAUUUGUAUGCCAAUAGCAUUUUAUUUACUGAUAAUACAUUGAAAUACCCUCCCUUUACUGACCUGAAGUUGCUUAGGGUAUUGACCAUUCACAGUCAACGGCGAGGAUUUGGCAAAGUACCCUCAAAUCUGCUUCAUGGUUUAUCCUCCUUGGAAAUGUUUUAUGGUGGAAACAUGAAUCUUAAUCAUCUACAUCCAGACACAUUCAAGUUUAGCCCUAAACUCUGGUUUUUGGAUCUCUCCAAGAAUGCACUGUCAGAUGACAAUGCAAUCCCCUCCGAGCUUUUCCAUUCCAUCUCAGGUCUUACCAAACUCAUUAUCUCAAGAACUCAACUUCGCUCACUGAACUUCCUGUUGAAUGCAAAUCUCUCAAGGCUUUCUACCUUAAGAGCCUCAGGAAAUGAGAUUGAUGGAAUUAACAAAACUUUGAUUGAGACUCUGCCUCGACUCAAAGUCCUCGACUUGCAGAAAAACACUUUUACUUGUGACUGUAACAAUGCCUUCUUCAUCGACUGGGCCAUGAAAAAUAACAGAACCCAAGUCUUUUAUUUUAACAAGUACAAAUGUAGCUAUCCUCCGGCUUUACGAGGCAUUAGCUUAUCUGUUUUUAACACAGAUUCCUGCACUGUCAAUUAUGACAUCAUCUGCUUUCUUUGCAGCAGUCUUUUGAUCAUUGUCACCCUGCUUUUGUCAUUUGUAUGGCAUUUUUUGCGAUUUCAGCUAGUUUAUGCGUACUACCUUAUCUUAGCCUUCCUUUACGACAGCAAGAAGAAGCAGAUGCUCCAGCAACAUGCAUUUCAGUAUGAUGCCUUUGUUUCCUACAACACUCAAGAUGAGCUUUGGGUCAUGGAGGAACUUCUGCCCAAACUAGAGGGAGAACAGGGCUGGAGGUUGUGCCUGCACCACAGAGAUUUUGAGCCAGGUAGGCCAAUCAUGGACAACAUCAUUGAUGGAAUAUACAGCAGCCGUAAGACCAUCUGUCUGAUUACCAGAAACUACCUGAAAAGCAACUGGUGCUCCAGUGAGGUACAAUUGGCGAGCUUCCGACUCUUUGAUGAGCAGAAGGAUGUGCUGAUCUUGGUGUUCCUGGAGGAUAUCCCCACACAUCAGCUAUCGCCGUACUACAGGAUGCAAAAGCUGGUGAGAAAACGCACCUACCUGCGCUGGCCCAAACCUGGAGAAGAUUCCAGGAUUUUCUGGCAAAAGCUGAGGAUGGCUUUAGAGAACAAGCAGAAACCCAAUUCUGAGUGUACUAUUCUACUGGGGUAAUAGAACAAUGGACAAGAAGAAGAAAAAAACUAUACAUUUAGUAUUUGUUUUUUAUUUCUACUGACUAUCCUUGACUAAUCAAGAUUAACAGUGAAGGAACACCUUUUUGAAAACAUUUGUGGCAUAGCAAAUGUUGAUUUACACACACAUUAUUUGACUUAUCCCUACAUUUCUUAAAAAUAAAAAAACAACCCUGCAAAAAUCUGGGUUACAGAGAGGCACUUACAAAGUGAAUGAGGCCAAUCUGUAAACGUAAAAAUACUCACUGUUUCAAAAGUAUAGCCACAAUACAUAAACCAUAUGUGUGUAAACAUGAUUUCAGUCUGAUAAAUUUGCUUACUAACCUUUUCUGUGUAAAGGUAUAUCCAAUUUUACAACUUUGUUGCCAUGACAACAUAACCUGUCAUUCCUAAAAUCGCAAAAAAAACUGUAAAAAUUACAAUUUGAACAACUUUACAGCUCAAAUAAUACACAAGUUUUAACAUAAGAAUUAAUGUAAGUGCUUUUAUAAAACCACAAGCUUCACAUUUCUGCCUUUUAAACCCUGCAAAAAUAUGCCCUAUUCAGUUCCGUUGCAAGUGCCUCACUGCAAUCUGGAUUGUAACCACUGUAAUGUAAUUGUUUUUGUGGUAAUCGAAAUUAUUCAUUUAUAUUAUGGUAAAUAAUCUCAGUGAAUACUUUUUAAAAACUAACCUUUGUGUUCCAUAUAAGAAAUGAAGUUAUUUGGGUUUGGAGUGGCAUUAUCUUUUUUUUUUCAGUUUCCAUUUUGGGUGAACUUUCCUUUUAAGCUGAGUUAGAGAAAGGAUUUAUCAUUAAAACAAAUUAUCCACAUUAGGGUUAACUUCAAUUCAGUCACAGUUCAGAAUGAUACAAUUUUGUAACAUGUUAUACUGUAAAUUUUGCAAAUGAAUGCUAAAAAUUAUACCUUGCCUUAACAAUUUUGAUGAACAUUUUCAGGAAGCAUUUCUAUUUCAGUAAAAUUUUACUGUAGCUCGAAAACUCAUACAGUCAGCAUGUUUAAAAUAGUCCAAGUAAACAAGUCAGUCUCAGUAGGGGUCAUUGUGGGAUGAUAUUUGGCUCAAACACUGGACCCCCAUAUAGCUGGAAAUGGGGAUAGAAAGGGCCAAAUAAAAAUCGCCUUUAAGUUAACACUAUUGUGCACUGUCUUUUUCAGCAAAGGGUUACAGGUGUAGAGUCAGCUUUUCUUCCUCCUGCCUUUGUGACCUUUGACACCAAUGUGUCCAUUAGUAGCUGACAUAAGAUCUAUCUGCAGAACUGUUCUGAAGAGUACGUCUCCACCUUCACCACUCCACGCCUCCACGUUGUCUCCCAUUGUCCACUUCCCAGCAUGCGUCCUCUGCUUUCUUGCAGAAGCCUUUACACGCUAAUUGCUUAUUGCUAACUGUCUACAAUUACAGUACAAUGUGAUUUAAUCAGCUUAAGAGGCCUCUUUGUGCACAGACUAGUGGAUAGUUAACCCAAACAUUUUAAUUAUGUCACCAUUUACUAAUUCUACUAGUCUUCGUUUACGUUCAUUUAAUGGAAAAAAGAUGCAAUGAAAGUGAAUGGCUAGCAUACUGCCAAACAUCUCCUUUAGUGUUCCGUGAAAAAAAGACUAUCAGACAUGUUUGGAACAACGAACAUGAGGCAGAUUUCAUUUUUCAUUGAAGUAUUCUUUAAACAUCUUCAGCUUCAUGGAUCUGCAGCAGUUUUGCAAGUGCAAUCGAUGUGUCUAAGGAAAGCUGAAAUGUAAGCAAUACUAUGACUGUAAUUCAGACCAUGCUCUUUUGCUGCUAAAGGCACCAUAGUAAAAAUCUAGGUGGCAGAUAGAAAGGACUACAGGAGCCUUAACAGCAGGAAUUCUCCUUUUAUCUCAAGCCCUGGAGGACCAGUGCAUGAGGGCAGCAUUGAUUUAACACAAGAUACAAAAGAGAUCUCAAUCAAACAGUCAUAUAAUUGGGGGCUCUGCAUGUUGUUGUUGUUUGUGUGUGUCUUAGAAUUAAACACAGAAUUAAACAUUGUGUUAUGUUUAUGUUAGCCUUAUUGUGAAGUAGUGUUUGACCACUUACUUUACUUGUAUUUAUUCUUCCUCUGUUUGUACUCAUACAAAGUCCUUUUUGGUGCUUGAUUAAUAUUUAUUUUGUGUGAAUAUUUUACUUGGGAUACAUAUGUUGGAGAUGACUGUUUAUGUUUUUCUUUUGUAUAGAUUAAUAUGAUUGUGACUUUUAUCCAGAGCUGCUUGACACUCACAGUUAAAGGAAUAUUCCAGGUUCAAUAAAAGUUCAGCUGAAUCGACAGUAUUUGUGGUAUAACGUUAAUUACCACAGACAAUUCCCCGGAUGUUUCAGAGGAUUUAUUUAAGGACUGUUUUAAGGUAAAGGCUUGCAUUUUGUGAAUUUAAAUACAAGGAGUUUAUUUCUGAAGAUUGAUGAAGUAAGGUGGUUGCGUAAUAACUGCCAAGUGGAAAUUUUAUGUAUAACAGGGACGUGGUUAGAUUUGACAAUAAGUGAAGUUCUAUCGGGAAGACACGCAGGCUUAAGUGAAGUUUAAGAUGCCAUUUAUUUGAUAAAUGUAAAACAGAAAGUAAUGCCUCUGACUACUACUACCCCUGGUCAUCUAUCUUAUGUAUGUUUUUAACUUUAUUGUGUUUUCCUUGACUAUUUGAGUUGUGAUUAAUUUACCUUUUUAUUGUCAAAUAUAUAAAAUCAAGUCAAAUUUUAACUUGACCCUCGUUACUUUAAAUUAAGAAAAAGCAAAAAACAAGGUUACUUUGAGGCACUUACAAUUAAAGAUAAUGGGGCUAGUCCAUAAAUGUUAAAACAAAUACAGUUUCAAAAGUAUAGCAACAAUAUGUACACAUUAUAUGUGUUAACAUUAUUUUAAUGUGAAAAAGCAAAUAUCUAUUCUAGUUACACAGGGAUAUCAACUAAGUUGUAAUAUUUGAUAUAACUUUACACAGAAAAGGUAAGUGAGAUAUUUUAUCACACUAAAAUCAUGUCAACAUGUAUAAUGUUUAUGUCUUAUGAUACUUUCGAACAGUGCGUAUUUGAGCGUUUAUGGACUGGCACUCUAACAGUGAUUUUUAAAUAAAUGAGGGAUGAGUCAAAAUACAUUUUUGUGGUAAUCAACAUUAUACCACAAAAGCUGUUGAUUAAGCUUAACUUGUACUGAACCCGGAAUAUUCCUUAAAUAUUCUCAACCGAAAAUGUUCUUUAGCACAUUGUAAGCAAUUUGAGGGUUGCCUUCUACUGUAACAGAAUUACAUAACUGAAUUGUACAAAUCUAUAUUUUAGAAAUCUAAGAUAUAAUUACCUUUUGUUUGUCCAAUGCAAUUUUUCUAUGGGGAAAGAAACUCUAUUCCCAUGGUAGAGAAGUCUUGUGAGGAGAGUAAAGGAAAUGACUUCUCUUGUUCACUCAAUAAAAGUUGAUUCUAAGAUGAUACCUACUUUGCCCUUUGCCCAGUGUGACAACAGGGGAAAUAGACCUAAUGGGGCAUGGAAAACAAAAACAUGUCCUUUUAUUGCCUGUAUCAUUCCCAACCCCUCUUUCACACCUUUGUCUCUCCACUAGAGUGUGAAAGCAUUCAUAAGACAUAAGUGCACGUAGAGGCUAUAUAUACAGGGUCCAUUUACUGAAAAAAAAAAUAUCUAAUUGUUCAACAUUGCAAAACACACUUUUAUGAACACCCAUUUUAGUAUAAACUAGUAAAAAUGAGCCCAACAACCAGGAUAUAUUCUUUAAAAAUGUAUUAUUUCAGUCAAUUUUACACAAAUAUAAAUAUGAUUGAGGUGAUUCCAAAACAUACUUUAUAUAAAAAAGCACAGCUUUAGUCAGUUAUACACAUUUUCAUAAUAUUAGCUACAAUGGAGUAGUGUGAAAUCAAUCCCUGAGAAGAAAUUGUAGCAUUUUUGGGAUAACUUUUAUGUGCAAUGUGCAUUGAAAUGGAGAAACUACUGAUGAACGUAAAUUUACAUGGUAAUAUGAUGAUGAUAUAUAUAUAUAUAUAUAUAUAUAUAUAUAUAUAUAUAUAUAUAUAUAUAUAUAUAUAUA